UUCGGCCGCGGCAAAAAGCUGCAACUAGCAGUAACAUCAUGCUGUCUCUGCGCCUUUGUUCUCUACGGAUACGACCAGGGAGUUUUUGGUGGUAUUCUUGAAAAUGAAGACUGGCUGAGACAGUUCAAUCAUCCCGGUGAUACACUGACCGGUUUCAUCACUUCAAGCUACAAUCUCGGCUGUCUGGUGGGCUGCUUUGCCAACUUUUUCGUUGGCGAGAAGCUUGGUAGACGAUGGACCAUUUGGCUUGCUAUGGGGUGGAUUCUUGUUGGUGCUGCUUUGCAGACUACUGCGUUUACUCGGGGGCAUUUGAUUGUGGGGAGAAUUGUUACUGGUGUUGGAACUGGUCUCAAGACGUCUACCGUCCCGAUGUAUCAAUCUGAGCUUUGCGAAGGCACAAAGAGAGGCCGACUCGUCUCUGCUGAGGUCAUGUUUGUCGGUAUCGGCAUCGCCUUUGCCUACUGGUGGGACUUUGCCUUUAGUUUCGUCGGAGGCGCAUUCGCAUGGCGAUGGCCCCUCGCCUUCCAAGCCGUCUUUGCCCUUUGGGUUAUCGUGGUCGUCUUUGGUAUCCCAGAGUCACCACGUUGGCUCCUCAACCAUGGCAACAGGGAAGAGGCCAUCGACGUGCUAUCCGCCGUCUACGACAAACCAGUCGACCAUCCUGAUAUCCUCCGAGAGGUCAAUGCCAUCGAAGCGGCUCUUUCCAUGGAGGCCGAGGCCCAGGGAAGUACCUCGUGGGCGUCCACCUUUCGCAACGACAAAGUCAGCACUCGAUACCGAGUUUUUCUCGCUUGGUUCGUGCAGUUUAUGAAUCAAAUGGGUGGCAUAAACUUGGUCGUAUAUUUCAUCUUGACUGUCUUGACAGAUAAUGUUGGUCUUGAACACCGGCUUGCCCAGAUCAUCGCAGGAUGCAUCCAGCUCAUGUUCCCAAUCGGCUCACUCCUUCCCUCCUUGGCUCUUGACCGUAUGGGUCGUCGGUCAACGAUGAUGUGGGGAUCAGCAGGGCUUUGUGUCUCGAUGCUCAUGGUUUCUGCUCUCCUCUCUCAGGCCGACGACACUGCUAGAGGAAAGGCAUUUGCGUCUGGAUCAAUCGCCUUCUUCUUUACUUACAUGCUGGUCUUUGGAGCCAGUAUGAACUGUGUUCCUUGGGUUUAUGUGCCCGAGAUUCUUCCUCUUCAUGCUCGAACUAGAGGAACGGCUAUUGGAGUGAGCUCAAACUGGCUCUGGAACUUUACAGUUGUCAUGAUCACUCCCAUCAUCAUCAAUCGCCUCAAGUGGAAGGCCUACUUGAUCUUCAUGGCCACCAACCUCGUCUUUAUCCCCAUCAUCUACUUCUUCUACCCCGAAACUUCAAACCUCGCCUUGGAAGAGGUUGAUUACAUCUUUGCUCGA